AUGCGUGCGGAUCUGUUGCGGCUCUCUCACAAUGAUCCUAGUUCUGGGCAAAUGGGUAUUAAUCGCUGCGUCGAACGUUUGCAGCCGUGGUAUUACUGGCCUGGAAUGACCAGCGAGGUGCAUCUGUGGGUUGCAGAGUGUGACGUGUGCAACCAAAGGAAAUCGUCGUCAGCAUCACACCGUACCCCCAUGGAGAACAUCCGAGUAUCUCAACCAAUGAAGUUGUGGGCAAAGGACAUCUUAGGACCCCUUCCAAUAACAGCACGAGGGCACCAGUAUGUUUUAGUGAUGAGUGACCACUUCACUAAAUGGGUCGAAGCGGUCCCAAUGGCUGAUCAGAAAGCAGAGACGGUAGCUCGUGCGUUUAUUGACAACGUAGUGUCUCGACAUGGCGUUCCUGUGAAACUCCUCACUGACCAAGGUAGAAACUUUGAGUCGGAGCUCAUGAAAGAAGUAUUCAAGCUGUUGGGCGUUCACAAGUUGCGGACAUCACCAUAUCACCCACAGACUGACGGCCAAGUGGAGCGGUUCAACCGUACACUGAAAGCAAUAAUCUCGUCCUACGUAAAUGGUCAUCACAACGACUGGGAUUUACAUUUACCCUUGGCUUUAUUCGCAUAUCGAACAAGUGUCCAUUCCUCGACACGCGUAUCUCCAUUUAAAGCAGCUUAUGGGAGAGAUGCUACUACGCCACUCGUGUUACUGGGCAGCACGGAGAAGCCCAAGACCCGGUUGAUUGCCGACUACUGUGCUGAACUUGAGUUUACGCUGAAAGAGGUCCACGCGACGGUUGCUGAGGAGAUCAAGAAAGCACAGACCCAGCAAAAGCAAAAUUAUGAUGCACGUAACACUGCUCAUCAGACAGAAAUUCUGAGACCCGGAGACAUUGUAUGGUUACAUAGCACUGUCAUACCGAAAGGACGCAGUAGAAAGUUCCACAAACCGUGGAUUGGUCCGUACGUCAUACUCCGUUGUCAAGGACGUUUAAACUAUGUGAUUCGUCCAAAAUCGGGAAAAGGAAGGAGUUCGUGUGUGCACCGCAAUCGACUCAAGCUGGUACAGAAUCAGACGGAUGACAUUAACGAGCAAGACAUGCCAUUUCCAUUGUCGACCAAGAGCGAGAAAACCCAAGAGCGAAGAGUUUCUGAAUCACCGAUAGUUCACAAGGAAGUUGAGGCAACGAACAUGGUACCUCUAAGGAGAUCUACCCGUCAGCGCCGACCACCUGAUCGUUACCAGGACUUUAAUUUAGAUGAGCUUGAGAUCGAGGACGCUCUCACUUAA